UCGGCAUAUAAAUAUAAUAAAUAGACUACCAGAGGAAGGGCAGUGUUUGAAGACCACUGAAACGCAAAAGAAUGGCUUCCUCCAAGCCCCAUCCCCACCUCCUCGACCAGGUUCUAGUAGAAGACAACUCCUUCUCAAAAACCUUGAUACUGAACAGGCCUAAGCAAUUGAAUGCCCUUUCCCAUCAAAUGGUUUCCCGUUUGCUCGAGCUCUUCCUUGCUUAUGAGAAGGAUCCUAAUGUCAAGUUGCUUCUCCUCAAGGGAAGUGGAAGAGCUUUUUGUGCCGGUGGCGAUGUUGCUGCAGUGGUUCGCGAUAUCCGCGAAGCUCAUUGGAAGUCUGGCGCUGAUUUCUUUUGCAAGGAAUUCACUCUCAACUACAUCAUGGCAACAUACACUAAACCACAGGUUUCGAUUCUUGAUGGGAUUGUCAUGGGAGGUGGGGCUGGAGCUUCGAUGCAUGGAAGAUUCCGUGUAGCAACUGAGAAUUCAGUCUUUGCAAUGCCUGAAACAGCCCUGGGUCUCUUCCCUGAUGUAGGUGCCUCUUAUUACUUGUCAAGACUUCCUGGGUUCUUUGGAGAAUAUGUUGGGCUUACAGGUGCAAGGUUGGAUGGUGCUGAAAUGCUCUUGUGUGGUCUUGCAACUCACCUUGUCCCAUCUGCGAAAUUGCCUCUGUUAGAAGAAGCAUUGGUCAACUUAGACUCCAGUGAUCCAGCCAGGAUUUCAGCAAUUAUUGAUGAAUACUCUGAGCGACCAUAUUUGAAGGGUAAAAGUGCUUAUCAUCGGUUGGAUGUUAUUGACAAAUGCUUUUCUCUGAGAACCGUUGAAGCGAUUUUGUCUGCCCUUGAGAAGGAAGCUGUGAAUAUAACAGAGGAUUGGUUCUCUGCAGCCAUUCAAUCACUGAAAAAGGCUUCUCCUACAAGUCUUAAAAUCUCUCUUAAAUCUAUCAGAGAAGGCAGGCUCCAAGGUGUUGGUCAAUGUCUGGUUCGAGAAUAUAGAAUGGUUUGUCAUGUCAUGCAGGGAAAGCUUAGCAAGGAUUUCUUCGAGGGUUGUAGAGCUAUACUGUUGGACAAGGAUAAGAACCCAAAGUGGGAACCUUCUCAAUUGGAUCUCAUCAGUGAUGCUGUGGUCGAGGAAUACUUUUCAAAAGUAGAUGAUGAAGAAUGGGAAGAAUUGAAGCUCCCUGCUCGUUUCAACUUGCCUGGACAUGCCAUUGCAAAGCUUUGAUCAUCUCUUCCCACCUACCAGUGAAGUCCAAGCUCCGAGGAGAGUUUUAUUUGAUAAUUUGAAGGUAGUUCAUGAGCUUGAGUUGGCUGAUGUUCAUUUAUGAAUACUGGACAUAAUCAAAUAAACAAACACAAUCAUAAUCAACUAUUUCUUUGAAUAAAUAACGAGCAAAAAAUGUAUACAUGCAUUUUCCUA